AUGUCAAUUCCUGACGCACCAAUUGUACAAUCACUUGAAGCAAUUUCUCCUUCACAAAAUAACCAACAAUUAGCUAAACCUGAACCAAAAUGGAUUCAUCUAUCUCGAUACUUAUCAAAGACCUCACAAAAUCGAGUUUUUGUUGAUCCUAGUGGAGUUGGACAUUUUAAUUCCAUGACAUGGGAACCUCCAUGUGAAUUAUUAGAUUGUGGAACAAGUUAUUUACUUAAAUUUGAAGUUCCUGGUAUUGAUAAAAAGUCUUUGUCUUUACAAUAUAGCAAUAAUUGGGUUAUUGUUUCAGGUAAUAAGAACAUGCCAAUUGAUGAAGGUGAUUUCUGUUUUACUGAAAUAUUAUAUGGUCAGUUUAGAAGAGAAGUUCCUGUUCCUGUAGAUUCAAGUAAAGACGGAAUUAAGGCUUAUUAUCAAGAGGGUAUUCUUUAUGUGAAAUUAUUAAAAGUUUCAAAUAGUAGUUGGGUCAAUGUCGAAAUCGUUUAA